AUGCGCACCGUCCCCGCAAAACCCUGGCUCCCCGCCCCAGCCCCAACCCUCACCUUCACCAACGCAACCCUCAUCGACCCCGAAGCAGCCAAAACAAUCCCAAACUGCUGCAUCCGCGUGGAAAACGGCCUCAUCGCAGAAAUCACCACUGAGUCCCCCUCCACCCAAACCUCCACAACAAUCAACCUCCGCGGCCUCUACGUCUGCCCGGGCCUGAUCGACUGCCACGUCCACAUAACCGCCACCCCGGGCGGGACCUCGUUAAACGACAUGUUCGCCGCAUCCCAGACAUCCCUAACCCUCCGCUCCGCCUACGUCGCGCGCGAGAUGCUCCUGCGCGGGUUCACGACAGCCCGCGACACCGGCGGCGCCGACGCAUCCCUCCGCGACGCCAUCGCCGAAGGGCUCAUCCCGGGCCCGCGCCUCUUCAUCGCGGGGAAGGCGCUCUCCCAAACAGGCGGGCACGGCGAUCCCCGUCCUUCGUAUCUCCAUGCCAGCGGCAGCGACGAAGCUGGAGGCAAAUGCUGCGGCGGCCAUGCCCUAGCGCGCGUCUGCGACGGCGUCCCCGCCUGCCUCGCCGCCGUCCGCGACGAACUCAGGCAGGGCGCCGACUUCAUCAAGAUCAUGGUUGGCGGGGGUGUCGCGAGCCCCUCGGAUACGCUGGCCAUGGUGCAGUUUACGCCGGAGGAGAUAGCAGCCAUUACGCGGACGGCGGGGUACAGUGGGAAGUAUGUCACGGCGCACGCGUACACGGCGGCUGCGAUCCGGCAUGCCGUUGAGAAUGGAGUGGCCGGCAUUGAGCAUGGGAAUUUCAUCGAUGCUGAGACGGCGCGGUUUUGUGCGAGCUUGGGGGUGAGCGUUACGCCGACGCUCGUGACGUACCGCGGGAUGGCGACGGCGCCGUUUAAGCGCUUUUUGGAUCUGGAUGGGCGGGCGAAGAAUGAGGCUGUUCUUGAGGGGGGGAUUGGGGCGUUGAGGAUCCUUCGGGAUGCGGGGGUUAAUAUGUGCUUUGGCUCGGAUCUGCUGGGGGGGUUGCAUGGGCUGCAGAAUGGGGAGUUUGGGAUUCGGGCUGGGGUGCUUGGUGCGGAGGAGAUACUGCGCUCUGCGACGGUUAAUGGCGCCAGGGUGCUCGGGAUGGAGGGGAGGUUGGGUGUUAUCAAACAGGGGGCUAUUGCGGAUUUGUUGGUGCUUAGGCGUAAUCCGCUUGAGGAUAUUGGGGUUCUUGAUCAGAUUGAGGAGAAUAUGGUGGGUUUGUUGAAGGAUGGACGUGUGGUUAUGUGGAAGCACGGUGAAGGUCAAGCUGGUGGCAGGUUGGCUGUUGAUGAGCUGUAUGAUCCAUGCCGGGUGCAGCAAAGGGAUUACAUGUAG